AGAGCGUAUUGGCUGGGCUGUUUGAGACUCGGUGCCAAAUAGGUGGGCCCUCUGCGUGUUGGCACAGACUCAGUCAAUGGUUAGAGAAGGAAAGUGGAGAGGAAGAGAGAAAGAGAGAGACAGAGUUGGAGAGAAAGAGGGGGAAAAAAGAAGCUGCACUCGGGUUUGCCAGCGGUCGUGCACACUCUUCCAACACUGACUCGGUCCUCUUGUUUUUGUUUUUUUCUUCUUCUUCUUCUCCUCUGUCUGCACCCCCCUUGUCCAGCUCUCUCUCCCUCUCCGUGAGUCUUAUGCAGAUCCUACAGAAUUGAACUAAUAGCCUGCGUUGCUUUGCCAACCUUUUUUUUUUAAAGAUCUUUUUUAUCAAGACUUUUUUUUUCUGCAUUUUUUUGCAAACAAACAAAGAAGCUUAAUUAAGUUUUUGAGAGUUUUAUCAUUUUUACUGCGAUAUCUGUUUCAUGUUGUUUGUGUACUGCCAGCUCUUUUUUAUCCUUUCAGACAGAGAUUGUUGAACUUAUACUCUCCUUCUGUUGUGCUCUUGAACAGCACCUCUCCUGCAGCUCCUGCUACAGUACCUCCUGUGUUCCUGUGCUGGUAUUACACUGCGCCCUUUUGGCCUGUCUCCUCUUUCUCAGCUUUUCCCCCCUGCUGCUUUUGUUGGACACUUUCUCAGCUUCUCUUUUUGCUUCAUUUUUCCCCCUCAGUUUUUGGUUUCUGAAUAUACGCAGCACCACUCCAGCACCUUUUUGGCUCAACAAUCCAGUUUCUAAAUUGGUGGUGCAUUUUAAGUUUCUUUGCAAUCGUCGGGUGAAUUUAUGAUGAGAGAUCAAAAUGGAUGAAUUCCACCCCUUCAUCGAGGCCCUGCUGCCCCAUGUCCGCGCAUUUGCCUACACCUGGUUCAACCUGCAGGCCCGCAAGCGCAAGUACUUCAAGAAACAUGAGAAGCGCAUGUCCAAGGAGGAAGAGCGCGCAGUGAAGGAUGAGCUGCUGGGGGAAAAGCCAGAGAUCAAGCAGAAGUGGGCCUCGCGCCUGCUGGCCAAGCUCCGUAAGGACAUCCGGCCUGAGUUCCGCGAGGACUUUGUGCUCACCAUCACGGGGAAAAAGCCCCCCUGCUGCGUGCUGUCCAACCCCGACCAGAAGGGCAAGAUCCGUCGCAUCGACUGCCUCCGCCAGGCUGACAAGGUGUGGCGACUGGACCUGGUGAUGGUCAUCCUGUUCAAGGGGAGCCCCUUGGAGAGCACGGACGGAGAGCGGCUGGUCAAGUCGCCACAGUGCACCAACCCUGGCUUGUGUGUCCAGCCGCACCACAUCGGAGUGUCCGUCAAGGAGCUCGACCUCUACCUGGCCUACUUCGUCCACUCGCCAGAAUCUGGACAAUCAGACAGCUCCAGCCAACAGGGGGACACAGAUAUUAAACCACCACCCAAUGGGCACCUGAGUUUCCAAGACUGCUUCGUCACCUCAGGGGUUUGGAACGUGGCAGAGCUGGUCAGAGUGUCGCAGACCCCUGUGGCCACAGCGUCAGGUCCCAACUUCUCACUGGCUGACCUGGACAGCAGCCCCAGCUACUAUCACCCUAACAUCAACCAGGUGGCUCUUGGGCGACGUUCCCUCACCUCCCCUCCUUCCACCAGGUCUGAGGUGGAGUUGUACGCAAAUCUUCCACGGAGCUCCACCAAGAGGAAGUCAUUAGAUGACAGUGAGCUGGAGAGCCCAACAGAUGAUGUUUUCUACCCUGGACGUUCACCUGCUGCCAGCUCCUCCCAGUCCAGUGCGUGGCCCAAUGACAUGGAUGCAGUGCAGCACCAUUUGGCGAGUGUGCAGGAGAGGAAGAUAAAACAUGAAAAUGAUGGCGUGCAGUUUCCUUACCAUGGACUGUCCUCGCCUGGUUCACUUAAGAAGCCGGGGAAGUUUGAUUUCAACGCCCUGACUUCCCAGACGAGGUCCCCCCGCAUGGCGUUCACACACCACCCGCUGCCUGUGCUGGCAGGAGUGAGACCAGGGAGUCCCCGUGCCUCAGCCUCAGCCCUGCACUUCCCCUCUUCCUCAAUCAUCCAGCAGUCCAGCCCAUACUUCACCCACCCCACCAUACGCUACCAUCACCACCAGGACCCACUUAAGGAGUUUGUGCAGUUUGUGUGCACCGACGGCACAGGACAGCCCAGCGCACAGCCUAAUGGAGGUGGCCAAAGCAAAAUGCCGGGCUCCUUCCUGCUGCCCCCGCCACCCCCGGUGGCACGCCCUGUGCCCCUCCCCAUGCCCGACUCUAAAACCAUCAGCACGCCCACUGACGGCGGACUCAGCUCACCCGCAUCUCCGUCAUACUCCACGCCAGGCUCCACAGCUCCCAACCGGUUUGUCAGCAUCGGAACACGGGACAACUUUCUGAAUAUCCCCCAGCAGACUCAGUCCUGGUUCCUCUGACAAGGCCUCUCUGAAUCAACAGCUAAAAUUGUGUCACGAAAAUUGGAAAGUUAAAAUAAAAAAAAAACAGACACAUCCCUGCUGAUUACGAACAGACUGCUGGCACUAAAAAGGUCUUUCUCUCUCACCACCAACACUAUUCAAAGUACUUCUACAGAACCCAACAAACCUACCCGGCCCCAACCCAAUACAAUUUGGACAGGAGCGUUUCGUCCCCCUUAAUCCAGGAGGCUUCACUGAGAUUGAGUGGACAGACUCAGAAUGCAAGGAGGAAGAGGAAGAUGAGAAACUGUCUCUCACACCAUGAAAUGUCAGAAAGGAAAUGCAAUAUGGUAACCUGACAAAUGACCAAUUAUACAUUUUGUUUAUUUUUUUAAAUGCUUUUUUUUUUUUUCUUUUUGAUUUAAAAUGUUUUUGUCUCCACAAUGAAACUCCAUGCAUUGGCUGGGAGAUCCAAAAAAAGAACAGGAAACAAGGAAGUCGGUUAAAAUGAUUUCCACCCAAAUUGCGUCCCUCCAUUAUCUUUGUAUUGCUCCACUCGCCCCGUCCUCCACCUCCAUGAUCCUCCGACUCACACUUCCUCCCGGCUCACCUUGAGCUCAGUGCUACUCGGGGCCUAGACUGAAACCCCAGCCUCAUGCCUGCGUGUCACCACACUCUGCCGCUUCAUUCGCUCAGCCCUGGAGCCUCUUUCAUUUCCGAUUGGCCAAUCAUGGUGACACCAUCCAAUGGUGUGACAAAUAUGCACUAAGUGGCUGGUCUAUGUUUACCUGUCAAAGUAUCAGGGCGUCCUGCUGUGGGAGAAGUGAUAGCCAUGAGGCGAGUGCGAGCGAGUGAACACACGACAGACAGUCAUAACACUAACUCUGCAUGUGCUCUUUCGUCCCCUCACCUAUGCACUAUUAAUUUUUUUAUAAGGGAUGAACAGUAUUGCACGUCAAAGGUCAGAUGAGCGAUUAGUGGAGUGAAACAAGUCUGACUGCCACUGCAUGGAUGUGGCUGUGUUAAGUCUAGGCCCUGAAGCACGCACACACACACACACACACACACACACACACACACACACACACACACAUACGCUUGCAUGCAGCAGAUUUCUCUCCAGGGGAGUCUGUCACACAACCACUCACAAGAUCAUCUUCAUAGACAUGAAAUGAAAUGUGCAGGAAUGCUCACACAGCAUUAAACAGAUUCAUAUUAUUCGCUUUCAUUUUGUUUGUAGGUGUUUUCUCUUCUCUUUUCUUAUUUUUUUUUUUGCCAGAUUUGGUUUUGGUUUUGUCUCACUUGGAUUGUUUUCACCUUCUCUUGCAUGGCAUCAUUUUUUUUUCCUUUAGUUUGCAGUAACACAUUAAGUAUCAUGCUUGGAUUUCAGCUUAACGGAUUUCAAAGGAAACGGGAUCAGCAGUUUCUCAAAUCUCUCUCGUAUGGACAGCACAGUAACCGCAGCUCAUCACGUGCAUCCCUUGCAUUGCUUCACCUCGUAGCCCGUAAUCUAGUCACAGGAAAACCCGAAGGAACACACACUCACACACUCACAUAAAAGUACACUAACACCACCAACAACCUGACAUAAACUGAUAAAGGGAAGCCUUUAUAUUUGGUUCUCCAAACUGCCUUUGUUAAUGGUUUUUCAUUCACUUAAAAUUGUUUAUUACUACCUUUUUAUUAUUUUCAACAUGACACAAUCCAACUAAAGCCGACCUCACAAAAUAACUGGACUGCCCAGCUGUUGGUUCUGUUUUGCAGGGAUAGUAAACCGGGCUGAGACCCUGUUCUCAGCCUCUCUAGUAACAUUAGCUCUGUAUGUACUAAAACCAUAUAUCAAGACUAUAACAUUAUAUGAAAGUGCCUCUGUAUUCCCUUCAUGCAAUUAUUAAUAAACUUGACUUCAGGUUCUCUUCCCACAUAUAAGCUAAAGCUACGGGAGUGGUAGCGUUGGUGCAUGUGGAAACCAUUGGCCUAGGACAGAUCUUUAUAGAGGACUGCAAACUUUUUUGUAAAGACAGAGAGAGAGAUCUUAUACAUAUAUAUAUUUAUGAUAUAUGCUCCUUUUUAACUUUUACUACAUGAGCUUGUUGGCAGUCUAGUUAUUUUCUGAACUUUCACCGACCCCCGGCCACCCCCCCCCCCCACAAACCCGUUUCAGUAAUAUCACCUUACUGUUACCUGUACGAAUCAAACGACACAUGCCAUCGCCAUCUGCAGAGCAGCAUUAUAAUACCUAGAUGAACAUGUCAAAUAUCGACAGUAAGUUUGAAGAAAAAAAAAGUGUUUGUUUUUUGAUGGAAAGUAUUAUUAUUGAAAACUAUGUGUCGAUUGAGCCACGUGCAAUGCAUUGGGUAGAUCAUUGUGUUUGUCUGUUAGAGAUUUUUAAGAAAGCUAAGAGAAAAGAGAAAAAAAAAAUGUAUUUGUUUUUAAGUCCAUAAGCUCCGGGACUCUAAACUUAGAGGGCCAUGAAAAAUCCUAGUCUUUGUAUGUUGGGGGUAUUUGUUUUUAUUUCCUUUUGUCUCUUUUUUAAUGUUUUAUGUGUAAUCAUUUGUUUAUAAAAAUGUGGGAGGGCUGAAGGAAAAAAAAAAUCUACACAAACUUCAGAAAAAAAAAAAAAGUCUAUCAUCAAACGAAACCUGGUGCUUUAACACUAUAAAGUACAUUCAGAAUUAUUAUAAAUUAAUGGUAAUAAAAGAUAACAGGCCAUUUAGGAAACAGCAUUAUUCCUCUCUAUUUGUAUUCUUCUAUUUGUAUUGAGUGGGGGGAGAGGUUCCUAAACCGUAAGGUUGUGACACAAAAGGCAUUUUGGUUCAACCUUUAGAAGAAGAAAAACACCCUAUACUGUCAAACCCUAGACACUCUGAUAACUCACCCAUGCACUGCCUGAAACUCACCAGCAAAAACACCGAAAACCCAGUUGAACUCAUUAUCACAGCCAUGUUAGCAGAAACACGUGAAUGUGCUUCACGUCCACAAACCGCCCCGUGUCCGUCAUCAUCUCAAUACAUUCCUGACAGCUGGAAAGAGCUCAGCAGGUUGUGUUGAGACGGGUGAAGUGCAGGUGAAGACCUCGCGUCUCUUGCACACGUACACAGAAACCCGCCCAAAUUGGUACCGUAAAGCUUUAAAAUCGGGCGCAAAAAUUGUUGAACCAUUUAUGAAACAGACAGCAAGGUGAGCCUCUCCCCUGUUCCACCCUCUCCUCUGUAAAUGACUCUUUUAGUGCUUGUGCUGUAGUGUAUAGUUUUCCAGCAGUUAAAGGUUGUCCCUUAAAAGUGCCUUUUGUUCACAGACUCCAUUUUGUAAUCCAGAUCGCCCUCUUUUCCAAAUGGCUCGGGGGUAGCAGGAUGCCCCCGAGUGCUGCGAGGAGGGAAGACUCUUCAACCCCUCCUUCGGCACUCGGGGACAAAUUAUUCCUCCAGCUUGAAUCCCCUCCAUUGUACCUCCCCGACAUUCUCUCUUCCUUUGCAAAAGCCUACAUAUGUGUAUGUAUACGGUCUAUAUAUAUGUAUGUAUACGUACAUACAUACAUAUAUAUAGUACAAAAGGAAACUGGUGUGAAUUAGUUAUUACUUUUUAUUGAUAAAUAAUGGAGAAAAAAAAAAUGAAAAGGCAAAAAAACUUGUUCUCGUUCAACUCUUGCUUUUUCUUCCCCUCUGUCUCCGCUGUCUGUUUUCUCUUAGACACUGGAGUAGUCUGUAACUAUGUGUCCACUCUCUCUCUCUCUCUCUCUCUCUCUCUCUCGCUCUCUCUAUCUUGUCCUCUCCGCUGUUGAGAGGGUGAAAAAAAAUAUUGCUGAAAAAACUUUUUGUCUGAGCAGAAUGCAGUUAGCUCACAUGUUAUUCUUGUCUGUAUGCUUCACAUUGUAUUACCAUACCCAUCUUCUUCAGCUUCUCCAUUCAACAGCUAAUGUAAGUGAACUUAUUACGCUGACGGGCUUUUGGGGGUGUCCUUGGGUGGGUUAGUAAGAGAUGACAGGGGUUCAGGGUUUGGGUUGAAGAGGUUUACAGAGAAGAUUAAUGGGGUCCAGAGGGCUGGAUGAACUGUUUUGGGAUGUUGGAAAUGGGCUGCUUGGACUAGGAUAAGAGCUUGCUCUUUUGUUUUUGAUAUUUAUUUUUGACUUUGUUUUAUUUUUUGUUUCCUUUUUAAUUUGGAUUUCUUUUCAUAUUUUGCUAUCAGGGUAUGCUGUCAUUUAGGCUCUCUUUUAGGAUGCCUUGGACUGUAAAUGAAAGCUAUAAGCACCUUAUAACCGGACGUGUGCUGCAUGAGGCUGAUAGAGGGGACGUUGCAUUUCCAGGACACAUCCAUUCAAACCAAUCAUUGAAAGUGAAUUGUGAUCGUUCAUGACAGGAUUCACACGGUGACACUUUCAGCAGUAUUAGCCAUUUACAACGCACCAAGCCAGAUAGCUAGAAGGCCAGCAUGCACCUGAUCUCUCAGAUUUUUGAGGAUUCAGGGAUGACCCUCCAUUUUUCUCCUCUCAACCACCUCAUGCUGGACUGCUCCGUGUCUUUGUUCUGUUGUUUAUUUUGUUCUUUAUCUUCUUAAGAGUGUAUGGUUAUCGGUGUAAUAGGCAGCACCCUAGGCCCCCUGACACCCAGCUCUUCUACGCCUCUGUCUACACCCUCAUUGCAGCACCACUUCUUUGUGAGAACACCCCCAGAGCUCUAGGUGAAAUGCAUGUGUUAAUUACAGUUUCUUUUCCAUAAGAAGAAAAACACAGUUUGAGAAGAGCAGCACCUGAUUGAAUAAAAAGGAUGUUCUUGACUGUA